GUCCAAUCAGGCACGCAGGUGAAGCGGACAGGGCGGCUUCCGGGUUUGGCGGGGCCUUUGUCUCUCGCUGUGGCCUGAGCUCCAGGUCUCGUCUUCAGCGCUCUGUGUCCUCUGCUCCUAGAGGUCCAGGCUCUGUGGCCUUGUGACCUGCAGGUAUUGGGAGAUCUACAGCUAAGACGCCAGGAACCCCUGGAAGCCUAGAAAUGGGGCCGUUGACAUUUAAGGAUGUGGCCAUAGAAUUCUCUCUGGAGGAGUGGCAAUGCCUGGACACUGCUCAGCAGGAUUUGUAUAGAAAAGUGAUGUUAGAGAACUACAGAAACCUGGUCUCCUUGGCAGGUAUUGCUGUUUCUAAGCCAGACCUGAUCACCUGUCUAGAGCAAGGAAAAGAGCCCUGGAAUAUGAAGAGACAUGCGAUGGUAGAUGAACCCCCAGUUAUAUAUUCUCAUUUUGCCCAAGACCUUUGGCCAGAGCAAGGCAUAAAAGAUUCUUUCCAAGAAGUCAUAUUGAGAAGAUAUGGAAAAUGUGGACAUGAAGAUUCACAGUUAAGAACAGGCUGUAAAAGUGUGGAUGAGUGUAAUCUGCACAAAGAAUGUUAUGAUGAACUAAACCGGUGUUUGACAACUACCCAGAGUGAAAUAUUUCAAUAUGAUAAAUAUGCGAAUGUCUUUUAUAAAUUUUCAAAUCCAAAUAUACAAAAGAUAAGACAUACCGGAAAGAAGCCUUUCAAAUGUAAAAAAUGUGACAAAUCGUUUUGCAUGCUUUUACACCUAACGCAACAUAAAAGAAUUCAUAUUAGGGAAAAUUCUUACCAAUGUGAAGAAUGUGGUAAAGUCUUUAACUGGUUCUCAACCCUUACUAGACACAGAAGAAUUCAUACUGGAGAGAAACCCUACAAAUGUGAAGAAUGUGGCAAAGCUUUUAAGCAGUCCUCAACCCUUACUACACAUAAGAUAAUUCAUACUGGAGAGAAACCCUACAGAUGUGAAGAAUGUGGCAAAACCUUUAACCGGUCCUCACACCUUACUACACAUAAAAGAAUUCAUACUGGAGAGAAACCCUACAGAUGUGAAGAAUGUGGCAGAGCUUUUAACCGGUCCUCACACCUUACUACACAUAAGAUUAUUCAUACUGGAGAGAAACCCUACAAAUGUGAAGAAUGUGGCAAAGCUUUUAACCAAUCCUCAACCCUUACUACACAUAAGAUAAUUCAUGCUGGAGAGAAACCUUACAAAUGUGAAGAAUGUGGCAAAGCUUUUUACCGAUUCUCAUACCUUACUAAACAUAAGAUAAUUCAUACUGGAGAGAAAUUCUACAAAUGUGAAGAAUGUGGCAAAGGCUUUAAUUGGUCCUCGACCCUUACUAAACAUAAAAGAAUUCAUACUGGAGAGAAACCCUACAAAUGUGAACAAUGUGGCAAAGCUUUUAAUGAGUCCUCAAACCUUACUGCACAUAAGAUAAUUCAUACAGGAGAGAAACCCUACAAAUGUGAAGAAUGUGGCAAAGCCUUUAACCGGUCCCCAAAACUUACUGCACAUAAGGUAAUUCAUUCUGGAGAGAAACCCUACAAAUGUGAAGAAUGUGGCAAAGCUUUUAACCAAUUCUCAAACCUUACUAAACAUAAGAUAACUCAUAUUGGAGAUACAUCUUACAAAUAUCUAGAAUGUGAUAAAGCCUUUAGCCAGUCUUCAACUCUUACUAAACAUAAGGUAAUUCAUACUGGAGAGAAACCCUACAACUGUGAAGAAUACGGCAAAGCUUUCAACCAGUCCUCAAACCUUAUUGAACAAAGUAAUUCAUACUGGAGAGAAACCCUACAAAUGUGAAGAUUGUGGCAAAGCCUCUAACCCGUCCUGAAUUCUUACUAAACAUAGAACAUUCAUACUGAAGAGGAACCCUAUGAGUGUGAAGAAUAUGGCAAAGCCUUCAACAAGUCCUCAAUUCUUACCAGACAUAAGAUAAUUCUGGCUGGGUGCGGUGGCUCACACCUGUAAUCCCAGCACUUUGGGAGGCUGAGACGGGUGAAUUACAUGAGGUUGGGAGUUCGAGACCAGCCUGACCAACAUGGUGAAAUCCUGUCUCUACUAAAAAUACAAAAUUAGCCAUGCGUAGUGGUGCAUGCCUGUAAUCCCAGCUACUCGGGAGGCUGAGGCAGGAGAAUUGCUUGAACCCGGGAGGCAGAGGUUGAAGUGAGGUGAGAUCGCGCCAUUGCACUCCAGCCUGGGCAACAAGAGUGGCACUCCAUCUCAGAAAAAAAAAAAAAAAAAAGAUAAUUCAUACUGAAAAGAAACUCUACAAACUUGAAAGAUGUGACAAUGCUUUUGACAACACCUAAAACUUUUAAACGUAAAAAAUCAUACUGGUGAGAAAUCCUAGAAAUGUAAAGAAUGUGACAAAGCCUUUAAAUGGUUGUCACACUUCAUUAUAGGUAAGAUAGUUCAUACUGAAGAAAACUACAAGUGUGAACAGUGUGGCAAAACUUUUAACGAAUGCUCACACCUUAUUGCACAGGAGAGCAUUUAUACUUGAAAAAAAUUGUACAAAUAUAAAGACCAUGAAAAAGCCAUUAAUAUCUAUUCACAUCUUACCACUGGAGAGUUCAUACUUAAUAAAAGGAAUAUAAGUGCAAUUACUGUCAAAAGAUCUUUCAGAAAAUAUAAACCUUUAAAGCGAAGAAGGUAUUUAUUUUGAAGAUGAACAUUACAAAUGUGAAGAGGGUUGUAGUACCUUUAUUUAUAUCACAGAUUUUAUUGUACACAUUUUGUACUAGAAGAAAACUCUGAAGUAGUUGCUCAAACUUUGUUCAACAUCAGGGAAUUUAUAUUGAAGAAAAACCUUGCAAAUUUAAUAAAUUUUAAAAAACACUUUUUCAAAAAGUACAGCUUAGAAGACACCAGAGUUCAUACUAAAAUAUAUUUUUGCAGAUGCAGUAAAAAUGAAAAUAUUUAAUCCAAAAUUAAGUCUAUGUAAAUAUCAGAGAAUUUACUGUGGAAAUAUUGAGGUCAGGAGUUUGAGACCAGCCUGACUAACAUGGAGAAAACACGGCUCUACUAAAAAUACAAAAUUAGCCAGGUGUGGUGGUGUAUGCCUGUAAUCACAGCUACUCGAGAGGCUGAGGCAGGAGAAUUGCUUGAACCCGGGAGGUGGAGAGUGCAGUGAACUGAGAUUGCGCCAUUGCACUCCAGCCUGGGCAACAAGAGUGAAACUCCAUUUCAAAAAAAAAAAAAAAACAACUAAAGUUGGUAGAAAAAUUAUUUGUAUAUAACUUUAAAAGGAGUAGAAGGGCUUUUUGCAGAGUUAUUACGUUUGAAGUAUACUUUAUUUCUUGAAAAAAUUACAGAUUUUUUGUAAAUAAUGAUGUAAUUCAACUCUCAAAAUAUUUCCUACUGUUUCUUUAUUCCAGUUGUAUUCACAUGUGAAAGCAUGUGAUCAGUUAUUGCUGCAUUAAAAACAUGAGUCUUUUUUA